AUGGGGUGUGAGGCAUCAGAUGGCGCUACAAACGCUGAUCAUUCUAAGUGCGUAAUUGUUUGCCGGCAACGCGAUUAUCAAACAAAACGUAUUUUUGGUGAUAAGUAAGGAAAGUCGUAAUUGUUGUAAUUGAAAAUGAGUAAAGCACAUCCGCCAGAACUCAAGAAGUACAUGGAUAAGAGGCUGUCUCUGAAAUUAAAUGGCGGUCGGCAUGUCAUCGGUAUACUAAGAGGCUUUGAUCCAUUCAUGAAUAUGGUUAUUGAUGAAAGCAUCGAGGAAUGCAAAGAUGGCACGAAAAACAAUAUUGGAAUGGUGGUAAUUCGCGGCAACAGCGUCAUAAUGUUAGAAGCCUUAGACAGAAUAUGAUUUACCCUACUAGAAUCCUACUUAUAUGUAAUAUGUAUUAUAUUUUUAAAUAAAUAAUCAACAUUUUUUGUAAAAUGUACAUCCUUAAUAUUUUGUAUAACAAUAAUUUCAUAGAAUUCAUAUGUAUUCACAAGUAAUCAUUAAAGAAACUGGUUAAUGUA